AAACAAAAUCCGGACGAAUUCCGUAUCUAGCUAGUUAGAUGUAAACAAAUAUGGCGGAGGGCACAACGCAUGUUCUUUUGCCUAACGAAGCAGAGCUGUUGAUUCAGUCAUUAGAUGUUAGCAACUUAGAAAGUCUUGGCAGUAAAAAAUGGUGGUCAAGGCAUGAUAUCAUCGAAAAGUUGAAUAUACAGGCUGUUGUAAAUGCAUCAUCAAAUACAGAUGAAUUUGUCAAAGAGUUCUGCAUAUCUCAUAAUAAGGUCAUUACACUCAUUUACGAUCUUUUGGUCUCAGAGUUAUGGACAGAAGAAAUCUUUCCUUGCAUCAAAGAAAGAAUCAAUAUGGAAAAAUCUACUCUUCCAGUUUACAUGGCAUUAUUUCAUGAAGCAACGGUAGUUGGGUUAUUGGAGACCAUGUUAUAUUACAAGGAAGCAUGCGAAGCUGCUGGAGACGCAAUUAUUGAUUUGAUAGAUUUUGUAAAUCGAAAAUUAACAAAGUUACUUUUAAAACAAGAGAAACCCAAAAAGACUCACAAUGAGAAUGAUGAUUUAAUGUUUCAACAUGAAAGUAUACAGUUUACAAUAUAUAUGAAGUCAUUGUCUAUAUUACGAUACAUAUCAGAUUCAAUAGAAUGCUUACCAUUGAGUGCCUUGACCAGAAUAUUAAAUGUACAUGACAUACCAUGUUUACUAGUCAAUAUUCUCGAUACUUCUCCAUGGAAAAGAAUAAAUGAAAAAGGAAACCCUGAGAUUUAUAAUGACAAUAAAUGGUGUAGUGUUGAAAAGGACGAGCAGCAUUUACUUAGUAAAUUACAAGGCCAGGUCUGGUUAACAUUAUAUCAACUUUUGAUGCAUCCUGAAGCUCAAAGAAAAUACGAGUUUAACACAUCGAGAAAAACGCAGAUCUUGAAGCUACGCCGAUAUCUAAAUGAAGUUCUGCUUGAUCAGCUACCGUGUCUCACUGACUUGCAACGUUUCUUGGAACACUUAGCUGUCAUGGAACCUCCUAUGACGAAACGAGAUCUCGUCAUUGAACAGAUGCCCGAAAUCCGAAGCAAAUUGCAGGAGAAAUAUCGUGGAAAGUGGAAAAAUAUAGCUGGGAAGCAAGCGCAAGAAUAUUUCACGUUAUCUGAUCACGAAAUGAAAGAACAUGCUCAAAGAUUAGCCUCAACAUAUAAUUUGGACGUGUUAGAAAGUUUACUGGACGAGCCACCUGUUUGCGCAAACUGCCAUAGCGAAGCUAUGAAAAGAUGUUCGAGUUGUCAAAACGAAUGGUAUUGCUCGCGGCCUUGUCAAGUCCAACACUGGAGCAAGCACAAACAACUUUGCAAAAUGUUAUCAAAACCUUAGCUUUGUAUGAAUCUCAGUUGCAUCUGUACAUAUCAUUAUCUUUCAAAUAAAAAGAUCAUUUA